AGUGACGUCAUUUUGACUAAACGGCUUUAUCUUUUGUCUAUGUAGGAUCGAAAAGUCAGAACACACCACGAACUUGAAAGGAUACUGGAUAGUCAAGCACAUCUUUGGGUAAUUUAGGUAACUUAAAAAAAAUAAAACAUGAUUUGAUUUGUGGUUAUAAUGAAGCAUUUAUUCCUCAGCUCUCUCUUCACGUAAGACCGACUCUAUAAAUUUCAGACUCUGGGAGACUCUUUCUGUGUGUGCAAAUUCAUGACCUAAUUUAGCGAACUCUUGUCGGCACCAACACUGUGUUAGUCUGUGUGAGUGUGAGCUUGAACUUAAAUAUUUAACUCUUAGAAUUAGAAUGAGGUAAUUCAGGUGAUCAAAUGAUCAAACUAUUAAUUACUGUAAAUUAAAGCAUCUUUAUUAAUUUAAAUUUAUUUGAUAUAUAGGAAAAAUGGACUAAUAAUAAUAUAAAUAUAUAAUAUAUAUAAUUAUAUAAUGAAUUAUAAUGAUACGUCUUUAAACUUUUGUCUUUUGUACUCAACUUUUCUGUACUUCACCUACUUCAUACUAUAAAAAUAACUAAAAUUUACAGCUUAUAAAGUAGGCUAUUGAAUUCAGAAUAGCAUAGUAAUAAUUAUAUAGUACAUUGUUAGUUUGAGUAUUUGAAACUUGAAGUAUUAGUUUGUAAUUACUAUUAAAGUUAGAGCCUAUGUCAAUGUCCAAUAGUAGUGCCAAUAAUAGUAGUCAUAAUUAAUAGUAAGCAAUAGAUAUGGCCAGGGCCUGAAGUGAAAUAUACCAUGCCAUGCCAUUUAUUUUCACAUUAUUUUUCGGUAGGAAAGGCCUUCUUGCCUACAAAAUGUGUUUUUUUUUGUUUUGUAAAUACAAAAUUUGUAGGCCUAUAUUAUGUGAAUACAAAUUUAGUGAAUACAAAAUGUGCAUUUAGUGAAUGUGAAUGCAACAUGUGACUCUGUGACAUGUGUAUUUUGUAUAUAAAAAUGUAUAUUUUUAUAUAUAUGCCUAGGCCAAAAAAUUGAUAAACUUACUCUUUCCGGGUCCCAUAGUUCAUGUGUUUUGGCAAAAACAUUAAAUUGGCUUGGCUUAUUAAUUUUAAAAAAGAGAAUAGUUAACUCUAGUAAAAAUCUGCAACUUAACAAAUGGGAGAUACUCAUCAAAAGAAACUCAGGGGACCUGCAAAGAGUAAGUUGACCAAAAAUUUAUUUGCCUUGUCAUGGAUCUCACUCUUUUUUAAAAAUUAUAAUUUAGAAGGCUCUAAAAAUGAUUAAAAAUCAGUUGUAAAAUUUUUAAAAUUUAAAAUGUUUAUGAAAAAGUAAUGAGAGAGGGUCGGGUUACUUUUUCUUGUCCUUAAGACUUUUAUCUUAUAUUUAUAAGUAAAUAAUGAACUCGUUUGAAAAUGACAUCGAUUGAUCAAAUACGGACCUACAAUUAAAAACAUUUUCUUUUUGCUUUUCUAAAAGUAAAAAAACUAACCAUCACAUAUUAUGUCCUCAAAUAAUAUGACCAUGCUACCCUGAUUGUUUAUCUUCUCAUGAUGCUAGUGCAGAAAUAGUGAAAAGCUUUUAUUUAACUUCACUUGAUAGUGCUCUGUGUCUGUGUGUUGGCACUGAUCAAAUUAUAUGACGUGCUUUGUCCUGUGUUGUCUUCUGUUAAUCUAGUUAGCUCAAAUUUGUGUAAGGGGUCAUCCAUACAUUACAUACAAAAUAAAUAGUAAACCCUCCCCCUGCACUCAUGCUUUUUUGGGCAUCCACAUAUGCACACAUGCAAAAAACCAACAACACCCCUUCCCCCUGACUGCAUAUGAUAUAAAAAGAAUAAUAUAUUGAUGGUCACAUACAGGUAUUUAGGUGGAUGGUUGAUUAGAGUAUUUUGAAAAGAAAAGCAGCUACUUUUAAAAAAUUGCUGGUGAAAAAUCAAUUAAAUACUUUUCAUUAUCUAUUUAUUUUUACUAGCUUUCUUUUAAUUUGCUAAUCUACUUAAAACACACCCUUUUUAAUAAUAAUAAUAAUAAUAAAGUUCAUUUCAAAAACACGCUUCAUCCCCAAAGGCUCGAAGCGCGGUACAAAGUCAACAAAAAACAAAUCUACAAUUUACCACAUUUAAAAGAAACGCAACACUACAAAAACUAAUUACAAGCAUACAAUGACAAAGUCUUUCUAGCCAUUUCAACCCUAAGCAACACAGCCAUUAUGCAUUAACUGGAAAAUAAGGUUAACAAUCAUCCCAGAAAGUGUUUGCGAAAUAGAUGUGUCUUUAAAUCGGUUUUAAAGGACUCCAGUGUCUGGUUGUUUCUGAGAUCGACAGGAAGGGCGUUCCAAAUUGUUGGACCAGCAAAUGCGAAAGUGCGCUUUCCGUAAGUCUCAAGGCAAACACGUGGUGUCAAGAGUUUGCCACUAUCGGAUGAGCGGAGCUCUCUAGUGGGUACAUAAGGCGUAAGCAGCUCUUUCAGAUAGGACGGCGCCAGGUCAUGUAAGCAGCGGUAGCACAAAGUUGCGAUUUUGUAGUCUAUACGAGCACGCACCGGCAGCCAGUGCAACUCUCUCAGAAGUGUUUUUGCAUGGUCGAACUUGCGUUUGCGGAGAAUAAUUCGAGCCGCAUUAUUCUGUGCUAUUUGAAUUUUAUCCAGGAGCGUAGCUGGAAGACCCACCAUGAGAGCAUUGCAAUAGUCCAUGCGUGAUAGCACAAAUGCAGACAUCAGCGUCUUUGUUGCAUCAAUUGUUAGGAAGGGCCUGAUGUGACUAGUCCUGCGCAGCUCCAGAAAAAUUGCCUUGCAUAGCAUGUUAAUAUGACUUUCAAAAGUUUACUAGCUUUUUUUAUAACAAAUCUCUCAGCCAGUUUAUGAGAAUAUAAAUGAGGGCGAAUAUUUGUCACCUUCUUUGAUAAGCUAUAAUCACUUUUUUCAAUUCAGAUAAAUGAGAAUGUUAUCCUCUUUACAUUGUUUAUUUCUGCUGUCUUUUCUCAUCUGAUUGUAAGCAACAGCCCAAAUGUAUAAUCUUUCCUGAGCACCUUUUCCAAAAAUAACAUUCUAUGCUAACAAGGUCAAUGUACAAUCUUUCCUGAGCACCUUAUUAAAAAAUAACAUUCUAUGUAAACAAGGUCAAUGUAUAAUCUUCCUGAUCACCUUAUUCAAAAAUAUUCUCUGUAAAUAUAGUCAAUUUAUAAUCUUUACUUAGCACCUUAUCCAAAAAUGACAUUCUCAUAAGGUCAAUUAUAUAAGUAGAAUUUCAGAAAUAUGUUCAUGUCAUUUUAUUAGUCAUUGUUUAGUGAUUCCAAAAUCUGUAUGGUAUAAAUUUGUGCUCUCAUAUUCUUAAUAAAUUCUGUAGUCCUUUGUGAAUGGUCUUCAUGAUUAUUAUAAAUAUCUAUCCUCAGGAUAUUUAAGUAAAACAGCAACUUUCCAAGAUAAUCCAAAUUUGCCCUCAAAUACUUCAAUUAUUAUGCUGUUUAAAUAGUUAAGGUUUUACCAUACCAAGUUAAAAAUGAGCCAUAAAAUAUGCACACAGUCUCACUCUAUGAAUGAACCUUGUUGAGCAGUGGAGUGAGGGUUCAUGACAUAGCUGGGUAAUUACAUGAAGCCAAUUAUCAUUCAUUAUGUCAACCCUGGCAAGUGUGGCUUGUUGGGCGGGCUAAUUUGCGGUGUUUAUAAGUUUGGAUCUGGUUGCCUCUCAUUUCUUGUACUCUUAAUUUUUGUGUGCUGUUUCUUUUUCAGGCAAACUGGAAAAUGAUUCUCUUCACUGUCUUACUCAUUUUAAUAUCUGGAACACUAACUCUAGGUAAAAAGUCUUUUUAAUUUUGUAAUUUCAUUUUUGGUCCAACAAGUUAAGGCAUAAAAACCAAUAUUAAAUAGUCACUACUUAAAAUAACAGCAAUUAUUGAAACUAAAUGAUUUAUUGAACAUUCCAGGUAACCAACAUAACCCAUGCUUAGCAGCUGAAGCACAAAAAUCUUGUGCUGCUUGCAUAGCCACUGCAAAGGAAUGUGCUUGGUGUGUUUCUGAGGUAAAAAAGUUGUACACAUUGUUCUGAUGUUUAACAUAAUGCAUAUUGUUCUGAUGUAUAACAUUAUGCAUAUUGCUCUGAUGGUAUACAAAUCAUUUAAAUACAAUUUUAAAAUAAAUUUUGCUUUAUUAACUCUUUAUCUGCAUUGUGCUGGUAUUAGGGGUGGCAAACCCGGGAUCCUGACUCUCAAAAAUACCAGGAUGCCGGACUAUAACAGAUGCUUGAAAAUUGGAUUUAUGAAAACCAGAAUUUUUUAAAUUUCCGGUAUUUCAUUUUCAAAAAAAUAUAUAUAGCUUUUCUUAGUUUCCAUGUUGUACUGAAAGCAAGACAUAUUCAUAAUUUAUGUGAUGUGGGAACCCAUCACACCACAUGUCUCAAGUUCAAAAGAGAUGACAGGCGGACUAGAUCUGUGUACCGUGAUUCAUUCGUAAAGAAGCAUGGUGUUGUUAUUAAAUAUGUAAAAGAAAAAAUUGGUUGUGAGCUUAAUUUGAUUUUAGAUUGCAGCACAAGGUGGAAUAGUUUAGCAUAAAUGUUAGGUAGGAUAGUAAAAUAAAAAAAAAAAAAAAAAUGAGCUUAUUGAUUUAAAAAUCGAUCUUGACAUAUCUCAUGAUGANGUAAAGAAGCAUGGUGUUGUUAUUAAAUAUGUAAAAGAAAAAAUUGGUUGUGAGCUUAAUUUGAUUUUAGAUUGAAGCACAAGGUGGAAUAGUUUAGCAUAAAUGUUAGGUAGGAUAGUAAAAUAAAAAAAAAAAAAAAAAUGAGCUUAUUGAUUUAAAAAUCGAUCUUGACAUAUCUCAUGAUGAAUAUCAAAGACUGUGUAAUCUCCGAAUAAUAUUUGAAAUACUGAAAGCAACAGUAGAAGAACUUAGCAAAAGAAAUGCCACCUUAAUCACAUGUGAAGCAGCUUUGAUGUUUAUGUUUUUAAAAUUAGAUACCAUGCAUCAUGAAAUAGUUGCAUAUGAACUUGUUGCCUCUCUGAAGCGUCGGAUUAAUGAGCGCAGAUUGUUGGUUGCUUCAACAUUGAAAUACUUGCAUAAUUCUAAGACGGACUUUGAUUCGUCAAAUGACCAUUUGGACAUAUUUCUAAGGCUAGAUUCGACCAGAUGUGAAACAAUAUUGUGGACAUUCAAAAGCAUGGUCAAACAGCUAAUUCCUUGUUGGAAAUUAUCUUGGAUUUGAGUAGGACGAACCUGAAAAUGAAAACACACUACCGCUUAAAAGACAAUUAGAUAUUGAAAUACAAAAGAAACUUCAGGCUCACAAUAAUAAUUCCAGACCAAUUGAUAAGGAUAUUGAUACAUUGGUAAAAAUAGAUAUGGCUUUAUUUGAGAAUGGCUGUUAAUAAAAGAGGAAAAUAUCUAGAAAUUGCGUAUGGCAGCCCAAGGUAAUUCCUCUGACUAGUGUGGAGUCUGAGCGGGUGUUCUCAUCAUCAGGCAACUUUUGUAACCAUUUGAAGUCAAAAUUAAGCAAUCAAACAUUAGACACAUCAUUUUUGCACUCUCAUUAUUUAAAUUUGACUAACGAUUAAAACAACACAAAUUAUUUUAAUAUUUCAUUAAUAAAACUAUUUAAAUUAAAAAAGUUAAGAAUCUUCAUUUUGUUUUUUUUUAUUAAUGUCUGAAGCUAGACAUUUGUGUUAUUGUUGAAAGCUUAUUAAAUAUCAAAAUGUGCUUUUUUUUUUCUGAAUGUUUUUAUUUCAAUGAUAAAUCGUCACCGCUUAUCUUGAAUCUUGCAAAAAAAUUCUCUAAAUAUUGAAAAUAUCUGGAUUCCGGUAUUCUUAUAACUUUAAUAUUGAAAAUAUCUGGAUUCCGGUAUUCUUAUAACUUUAAUAUUGAAAAUAUCUGGAUUCCGGUAUUCUUAUAACUUUAAUAUUGAAAAUAUCUGGAUUCCGGUAUUCUUAUAACUUUAAUAUUGAAAAUAUCUGGAUUCCGGUAUUCUUAUAACUUUAAUAUUGAAAAUAUCUGGAUUCCGGUAUUCUUAUAACUUUAAUAUUGAAAAUAUCUGGAUUCCGGUAUUCUUAUAACUUUAAUAUUGAAAAUAUCUAGAUUCCGGUAUUCUUAUAACUUUAAUAUUGAAAAUACUGGUUUUGGUCAAAAAUAUUAGAAUUUGAAAUGACAUUUUGAAAUUACACUCUUUCCUUGAACGGGGGCUUAGUAAUAAAUGUCCACAUUAUGUUUUGAUUGUUUUAUAGUUAGGUUUCUUUUCUAUUGACCAAAAUCAAUCACGUCUAUUAGUUUUUAAGUUAUAUAUUAUUCUCUAGCUGCUCAUUUAUUUUGUUCAAACAUCACAAUUUAAGUUGGUCCAAAGCUAGAAAAAAAACUCAGUAGGAAAAGCUUUAAUAUUUGUAACUGAUCUUUAGUAUUUAAUAUAUUACCAUUGAGGUAGAUGCGUGCUUAGCUAAUACUUCAUCAACAAUUUUGAGACAUUGAUGACUUAGAUAUUUUGUUUGAAUGGGAGAUACAUAUUUAUUAUAAAUGUUUUCAGAGUUAUGAGCAAGAAAAUCGUCUCCGUUGCGAUACUCAGAAGAAUCACUUAAGAGGCAAGUGUCUUGACGAAGACCUAGAAUUUCCAAGUGAAGAAAUUAAGGCGAUUGAAGUAAGUAUCGUUAUUGAAAAAACAUGUUAAUUCUCUAUGCAUGGAAUUGGUGGUAAAUUUUAUCAUAAAGUUUAUAAUUAUUGAAAAAAAUUAAAAUUGAUCACUAUUUAGUGCUUUUUAGAAAAAAAUAUCUCCUUUCAUCUGUAUAGAAUCAAAGUGUUGGCGAUGGAGACCGCCCAGAAGAAGCUAUACAGCUACAACCCCAGAGAGUUCAUAUCAGGAUACGACCAAGUAUGUGGCCAAAAUAAUAAUGUUCUUGUGAUUGACAAGUCAGUUAUAGUUAAGACAUAAAUUUCAGCUUUGUUUUUGUCCAAUAAACAGCAAAUGUAUGAACUCGUUAACCGAUUCAAUCCCGUAACGGCCAUAUCCGGCCAAAAAAUAUACGGCUCAGGCGUUGCUUUACUGUAACGGAACUACCACCUUUAAAACGGAAAUCUCGAACGUAACGAGACUAGACGAGGCUAAGGGAGCUUACUACCAAAUUUUGUGUCAUUUCAUUGAUUUAUUGAGGAGAUUUCGUGUUUUUAUAAGUAGCUUUUAAUAUUUUCUACAAACUUUGAUAAAUGAGGCGCUGGGCCCUCUCAUUUAGAUGAAGAUGAUGAACAAUUCAAACCUGUUAUUGAUGAUGAUGAGUCUGAUGUAGAUUUUGAUUUAGUUAAUAAUGGGGACAGUGACAAUUCUGAUACUAGGGAUGAAGAUUAGAUAUCUCUAGUACUAGCAGUGCUAGGCCUAGAGCAAGUGGACAAGUCACUGAGGAUGGUGACCAUGUUGAUCGUGUGUGGUCAAGUAUUUUGACUGAAGUGGACGUUCAGGAAUUUACCGAACCUACAGGUCCAAGCAAUUGUAUUAAUGCUGAUGAUUUAUUCACAGCAUAUGAUUAUUUUUCACUGUUUAUUCUUGAAGAGUUCUACACUCACUGUGUUACAGAAACAAACCGAUAUGCACUGGAAAGAGCUCUUGUAAAACCAGACACAUCAUGGAAACCUGUUAACAUUUUAGACAUAAAGCUUUUUAUUUAUGCAUUCAUAUAUUGCCUAGUUACAGACUGUAUUGGUCAAAUAAUGAACUGCUAAAUGUUGCAGCAGUGUCAAAAAUUAUUUCAAGAAACAGGUAUGAAGCUAUAGCAAAAUACUUUCAUCUUAAUAAUAAUGCAAAUUUUAUUCCGAGAGGGGAGCCAGGCCAUGAUCCUAUCUUCAAAGUAUGUCCUUUAUUUGACACCGUCCUGGAAAAUUCCCUUACAAGAAUGAAGCCAGAGAAGGAGAUAUCCAUUGAUGAAGCCAUGGUGGCUUAUACAGGACGUUUAAUGUUCAAGCAGUACAUUAAAAAUAAGCCUACUCCAUGGGGGAUUAAAUUGUGGUGUGCUGCUGAUCCACAUAGUGGUUAUUUGUUUAAUUUCAGUGUUUAUACUGGGAAAUCUACUGUAAAUAUGGCCUGGGAUAUCAUGUUGUUUUUACAAUGAGUGAGCCUUAUCUUGACAAGCAACACCAUGUUUUCUAUGACAAUUAUUUUACCAGUGUCAAGCUCGCCGAGGACUUAUUUCAGUGAAGCACAUAUUCAUGUGCGACUAUUAGACCCUCUCGCAAAGGUUGGCUAAAAGAUCUCAAGAACCUGAAGCUAAAAAAAUCAGUGACUGAAUCAGGAGUGCGAUUUAGGCAAAUUGAAAACCUAGUCGCAUGUUUCUUUCAUGAUAAAAGGCCAGCGCAGGUUUUGUCAACAAAUUCGCACCCAACUAUGUCGACAACACCACGAAACACAGCCACUGGACGUGUUGACAUCCACAUACCAACACCAGUCUACAAUUACAACAAGGGUAUGGGUGGUGUUGAUCUCCAUGAUCAGUUAAGAUCCUAUUACCCCAUAGACAGAAGAAGUAGGAAAUGGUGGAGGUCGCUUCUAUGGUUUCUGCUUCAGGUUGCCACAAUCAACGCAUUCAUCGUGUACAGAAAACAGUUUACUCAACGGCAUCCUGGCCAAAAAUCAAAGACACAUUUGGACUUUCGCCUUGAGCUAAUGCAGCAGCACAUGGCUGGAUCAUCUGCAAGGCACCGAAUUGUGACUGACAGCCCGGCAGCCACUGGUACUAACACAGCUGACCACACAUUGCAUCAGCCAAGUAGAUUGUAUGGCAGGGAAAAACAUGGUAUGAAUGUUCAAGAGCUAAGCUAAAGACCCCUACAAAUAGACCCAUAGAAGCGUCGAAUGAAUGCCUCAUAUGCAAAGUUCAUUUGUGUAAAGGACACUGCUUUGCAGCCUUUCACAAUAAUCUUAACUAAAAUAAAUAUAAAUUCUUGUAAGGUACACACAUUUUUUCUCUUCAAUUUUGUUCCUCAUUUUUGUAAUUCUGUCAUUUAAUUUUAUCUUACACAAAUCAGUUUCAUACAAAAUGAUCCAAUGAUAAUUAUUCAUAUAGAACAACCAUUUCUGAAUACAGUGCACUUUAUUUCAUGUAAUUAUGUGGCAAGAUAAAUUUGUUAUUAAUUUUUUCCUGAUACAACCCUGCGCUAAGUGCAGAGUUAUUUCCCUUUGGCUGGGAAUUCAGACUAUAAAAUUUCCGAGUGACUGGGAUUGAAUGGGUUAAAAGAAGUUAUGAGAAAAGAGAUAACUCUAAUAAACAGCAAAUGUAGGAAUUCUAAGUUAUGAAAAUAGAGUUUACCCUUAUAAAAACAACAAAUGCAGGAACUCUAAAGUUAUGAGCAUAGAGAUUACUCUAAUGCAUUGAAUUCCAUGAGGUGUACUCCCCACAAGGAGCAUUUUGAAAAAAGGGACAUUUAGUCUCUUUGAUUGGAAAUGUAUUUACUUUAAAAAAAAUUAGGUUACGAGUGAGGAAUCUUUGACAGGAGAAUUUUUUUAAAUUACAAUAAAAAUAUUUUUAACCUAUUGUAAGUUUUAUCUUGAGUCCUAAACAAGCAGACAAAUUUUAAUACAAUCUUGAGUCCUAAACAAGCAGACAAAUUGUAAUGAAAUAUUGAGUCCUAAACAAUCAAAUUGUAAUACAAUCUUGAGUCCUAAACAGGCAGACAUAUUGUAAUACAGUCUUGUUAACAGCAGCAUGGGGAAAUUUUUGAAAAUGAUCUUUCCUAAGUGGGCAGUAAAAAUUGUAGUUGCUCAGGUGGGCAAAAAAGUUUGGGAACCACUGCUCUUACGCUUGAUUUUGUAUGUUUCCACUCUUAAUUUCUAUGAUUAUUUUUUGAACAGACAAACCAGUUCGGAUUCCUUUAAAAUUUCGUCAAGCUGAAAACUAUCCUGUUGAUCUGUAUUAUCUCAUGGACUUAUCUAACUCAAUGGAAGAUGACAAAGUUAACCUGGCUGAACUGGGAAAUCUCAUUGGUGGGUUUUCUUUAUUUCUAUCCUUGCGCAUCUAGCAAUUUUGGCAAUUUUAAUUUAUUGGUUUAUAAUAAAUAUCACAAUUAGUUUCGAUUCUCACACAAAACAACAAUCCAGUAAUUUUGUUCUUAUUUCAUUGAACGAGACUAAAUAGCUAUGUUUAAACUCUCCACUGGACACAUUUUUUAUGUAGCCUUUUUUUUUUUCCUCUUCAGUUAAUUCUGUCAUAAGCAAGACAUAUUAAAAUAUUGUGGGUAGUAUUUUAAGAAGCUUUUACCCUUUUUUAAUCUUUGAAGAUGAUCUAAGAUAUAGAUUGGCAAAUAGAGCUUUUACCCUUUUUUAAUCUUUGAAGAUGAUCUAAGAUAUAAAUUGGCAAAUAGAGCUUUUACCCUUUUUUAAUCUUUGAAGAUGAUCUAAGAUAUAGAUUUGCAAAUAGAGCUUUUACCCUUUUUUAAUCUUUGAAGAUGAUCUAAGAUAUAAAUUGGCAAAUAGAGCUUUUACCCUUUUUUAAUCUUUGAAGAUGAUCUAAGAUAUAAAUUGGCAAAUAGAGCUUUUACCCUUUUUUUAUCUUUGAAGAUGAUCUAAGAUAUAGAUUGGCAAAUAGAGCUUUUACCCUUUUUUAAUCUUUGAAGAUGAUCUAAGAUAUAGAUUGGCAAAUAGAGCUUUUACCCUUUUUUAAUCUUUGAAGAUGAUCUAAGAUAUAGAUUGGCAAAUAGAGCUUUUACCCUUUUUUAAUCUUUGAAGAUGAUCUAAGAUAUAAAUUGGCAAAUAGAGCUUUUACCCUUUUUUAAUCUUUGAAGAUGAUCUAAGAUAUAAAUUGGCAAAUAGAGCUUUUACCCUUUUUUAAUCUUUGAAGAUGAUCUAAGAUAUAGAUUGGCAAAUAGAGCUUUUACCCUUUUUUAACCUUUGAAGAUGAUCUAAGAUAUAAAUUGGCAAAUAGAGCUUUAAGCCCUCCAAGAAAUAAAAAAAAAAGGAAUGUUUGUUGAAUAUUUUCCAAGCUUCAUUUAAUAACAUUGAGGGGAAUUUACAUUUUUGCAUGUAUAGACAUGCUAUGAACAUCAUUAAGGGAUUAGCUGAUCACUUAUCUAGUCAAGAUGUCUUGUAUUUUGUACAUGUAAGUUGUCUAUAUAUAGACAUGCUAUGAACAUCAUUAAGGGAUUAGCUGAUCACUUAUCUAGUCAUGAUGUCUUGUAUUUUGUACAUCUAAGUUGUCUAUAUAUAGACAUGCUAUGAACAUCAUUAAGGGAUUAGCUGAUCACUAAUCUAGUCAUGAUGUCUUGUAUUUUGUACAUGUAAGUUGUCUAUAUAUAGACAUGCUAUGAACAUCAUUAAGGGAUUAGCUGAUCACUAAUCUAGUCAUGAUGUCUUGUAUUUUGUACAUGUAAGUUGUCUAUAUAUAGACAUGCUAUGAACAUCAUUAAGGGAUUAGCUGAUCACUAAUCUAGUUAUGAUGUCUUGUAUUUUGUACAUGUAAGUUGUCUAUACAUAGACAAGCUAAGAACAUCACUUGGAGAAUAACUCAUCACUAAUCUUGUCGUGAUGUAUUGUAUUUUGUACAUGUAAGUUGUCUAUAUAUAGACAUGGUAAGAACAUCACUAGGAGAAUAAUUGAUCACUAAUCUUGUCGUGAUGUAUUGCAUUUUGUACAUGUGGGGUUGUAAUGAGGUUAAAAGGAGCUGUCAAGUAAAACUCUUACUGAGGUUAAAUUUGGGUACACUGAUUGGUAUGAAAAUUUGUUUGCUAAUUUUAAUUUAUUUUCUAAUAAUCAACAGCUGAGAAGAUGUCGGCCAUUACCAAAAACUUUCGUCUAGGCUUUGGUUCUUUUGUGGAUAAAGUAGUCUCUCCUUAUGUCAGCACUGUUCCAAAAAAGUAAAUAUAUUUGUUUUAAUUCCUUAUGUCAGCACUUAAGCACAAAAGUAAAUAUAGUUGUCAUUCAAGUGUUGAUAGAAAUCAAUCACCUGGCAAGUAGAAAAUUAAAUAUAUUUAUCAUUCAAGUUUUUAUAGAACUUAAUCACCUGGCAAGUAGAAAAGUAAAUAUAUUUGUCAUUCAAUUGUUUUGUAGAUCUUAAUUACCUAUCAAGUGGAAAAAAGUAAUUGAAAGUAAUUUGUGAAUGCUAGAAAUGAAUCUUGUCACCAAUUUUGAAGAUGAUUACAUUCUUAAAUAUUCAGUUCUAUUUGUAAUAUAAUGAACUUAUAAAAUCUAACAAACAAAACAGUCUCAGUGUCUCUAUACUGUUGUGAGUAAACAAACUCUUUUAAAUGGCCUAAUGCAGAGCCAUGCAUUUGUGCCUGAUUAUAGAAAAGAAUAUGAGAAUUGCAUACAGUGUAGAGGGGCAAGGUAAGGGUGGUAGUGGGGUAGGACAGUAGGAGAAGGUUUAGGGAAGGGUAUUUCAGAGAGGGCCUAACGGGUAGAAGACGUUAGAGGGAAUUGUUGAGAUUUUUGAGAUGGGGUGGGGCCCUGGAGGAACCUGAAGUUUUAUCAUAAGCUUCGGGGCUUCCUUCUACCAGCUAUAUUUUAACUAUGCGCAAGUCUCUUUAUUCUAAGAAACUUUAUCUGCAAUAGAGAGGAUAAUUACAUAGAUGAUUAGAAAUACAUGACAGCCAAGUAAAAAAUGACAUGGGCAAAGCUUAAUAGUAAAUGAAGUGUUAUAUCAAGUCUAAAUUCAAAUGUCUUUUCAUCAGGCUGAAAGAGCUCUGUGAAAUGCUUAAUAGUAAAUGUAGUGUUUUAUCAAUUCUACAUUCAAACGUCUUUUCAUCAGGCUGAAAGAGCCCUGUUCGAUGUCGAGUACCCUCAACAAUCAAGCCUGUGAAGCUCCAUAUGGAUUCAGAAAUCAACUCAGUUUAGAUUUGGAAACAGACAAAUUUGCGGUAAUUUAGAAAAAAAAAAUGUAAUUACUUGUAUUGAGGGGGAAGAGAAAAAUUAGAUUGAAUCUCCUAAAAUGAUUUAAGAGCAAACGUAAGCCAAGUAAUUUGAAUAGACUUGGGCGAAUACGCUAAAUAUUACUGUUGGUUGAUGUAUAUAGCGAGUUCAUUGUGAAAACACAAAGCUACAAAAUGACAUUGUUGUGAAACUUUGUAGUGUUAUAUUAUAGCCUUUAAUAAUGUCGUCGUCCCCCCCCCCCCUCUAAUGAACACACAUACACUUCCAAGUCAACACCAUCCCCUUUCCUCCUGUGUACGUAAUAUAAUUACGUAUGUCCCCAGCCAAUGGCAAUUCUGUCUAUUCACUGAGGACAAUAGAAAGUAGCUAAAAGUAACAACCAAAUAUGUUUUAUUUAUUAUUAAUGUAUUUUUUUUACAAAUCGUUAAAACCACCGAAAUAUAUAUUUUUAACCCGUCCUGUAAAAUCUUAGUUAUGACAGGACUCGGCGCACAAUCGUAAAAGACAUCUCAAAAUUGUACAUUGUAUGCCAAAAUCGUAAAAGUAAACAGGUCUGUUGAUAUAUCUCCCAUUAAAUGCCUACUUAUGUUCAUUGAUAUCUCUCCCAUUAAAUGCCUACUUAUGUUCAUUGAUAUCUCUCCCAUUAUAGCUAAGGCAAAUUAUUUGAAUCCUUUCUGACAAAUUUGCCACUGGACAUGCAGACUUUAACCUAAAGAUGUACAUUUGGACAUGCAGACUUUAACCUAAAGAUGUACAUUUGGACAUAUCUGUGCUUUUGAAAAUUAAAUUUGGAAAUGGAAGGAUGAAAAUAAUGAGAGUUUUUAAUUGCAUCUGUAGCCAAGAACUUAAGUGUGAUUUUCAAUAAUAUUUCUAUUAGCAAAAAGUCCGAGCUGCUCGUGUAUCUGGAAACUUGGAUGCUCCAGAAGGAGGCUUUGAUGCUAUCAUGCAGGCUGUUACAUGUGAAGUAAGUUGUUCAACAGUUCAGUUCAAAGAAUAAUUUCAUAGUGCAUUUGGAAAAAGUUUCAUUAUCCAAAAUGUUUACAAGGCUAUUGAAGUCAAUGUACUCAUCUGAGACUAUUGAUAGACUAAUACUUGAUUGAGAUUAUUGAUUAACAAUAACAAAUACCUGAUUGAGAUUUUUGUUAAAUUAAUACUGAAAUUGAGAUUAUUGAUAAACAAAUAUUUGAUUGAGAUUAUUGUUAAAUUAAUACUGAAAUUAAGACUAUUGAUAAACAAAUGAUUAAGAUUAUUGUAAAAUUAAUACUGAAAUUGAGACUAUUGAUAAAUCAACUUUGUUUUAAUAGGAUGAAAUAGGAUGGAGACCAAUCUCCAGGAGAAUGUUGGUCUUCUCAACAGAUGCAGGCUUCCAUUAUGCAGGAGAUGGCAAGGUAUGCUAUCAUUUCUUAUACAGUAUUGUUACAGGGUAUGCAACUAUUUUUUAUAUAAUAUUAGGGCCAUUGUAUGCUACAAUUUCUUAAUAAAUUAGAUCAGAGUUAAACAAAAUUUGAGUUCAGGAAUAUAAAUAUGUCUCUGUCUUCAAUUGUGGUUGCAAUGAUAUGAAUAGGAUGUUUGCACAUUGUAGUGAUAGUGGAACUCCCUGGGUAACUGGGCAGUGUCUGUAAUGAUAGUGGAACUCCCUGGGUAUCUGGGCAGUGUCUGUAAUGAUAGUGGAACUCCCUGGGUAACUGGGCAGUGUCUGUAAUGAUAGUGGAACUCCCUGGGUAACUGGGCAGUGUCUGUAAUGAUAGUGGAACUCCCUGGGUAUCUGGGCAGUGUCUGUAAUGAUAGUGGAACUCUCUGGGUAGCUGGGCAGUGUCUGUAAUGAUAGUGGAACUCCCUGGGUAACUGGGCAGUGUCUGUAAUGAUAGUGGAGCUCCCUGGGUAACUGGGCAGUGUCUGUAAUGAUAGUGCAACUCCCUGGGUAACUGGGCAGUGUCUGUAAUGAUAGUGGAACUCCCUGGGUAACUGGGCAGUGUCUGUAAUGAUAGUGGAACUCCCUGGGUAACUGGGAAGUGUCUGUAAUAAUGAUAGUGGAGCUCCAUGGGUAUCUGGGCAGUGUCUGUAAUGAUAGUGGAACUCCAUGGGUAACUGGGCAGUGUCUGUAAUGAUAGUGGAGCUCCAUGGGUAUCUGGGAAGUGUCUGUAAUGAUAGUGGAAUUCCAUGGGUAACUGGGCAGUGUCUGUAAUGAUAGUGGAACUCCCUGGGUAACUGGGAAGUGUCUGUAAUGAUAGUGGAGCUCCAUGGGUAUCUGGGCAGUGUCUGUAAUGAUAGUGGAACUCCCUGGGUAACUGGGAAGUGUCUGUAAUGAUAGUGGAACUCCCUGGGUAACUGGGAAGUGUCUGCAAUGAUAGUGGAACUCCCUGGGUAUCUGGGCAGUGUCUGUAAUGAUAGUGGAACUCCCUGGGUAACUGGGAAGUGUCUGUAAUGAUAGUGGAACUCCCUGGGUAACUGGGAAGUGUCUGUAAUGAUAGUGGAGCUCCAUGGUUAUCUGGGCAGUGUCUGUAAUGAUAGUGGAGCUCCAUGGGUAUCUGGGAAGUGUCUGUAAUGAUAGUGGAGCUCCAUGGUUAUCUGGGCAGUGUCUGUAAUGAUAGUGGAGCUCCCUGGGUAACUGGGCAGUGUCUUUUAUGAUAGUGGAGCCCCUGGGUAUCUGGGCAGUGUCUGUAAUGAUAGUGGAACUCCCUGGGUAUCUGGGAAGUGUCUUUUAUGAUAGUGGAGCCCCCUGGGUAUCUGGGCAGUGUCUGUAAUGAUAGUGGAGCUCCCUUGGUAUCUGGGAAGUGUCUUUUAUGAUAGUGGAGCUCCCUGGGUAUCUGGACAGUGUCUGUAAUGAUAGUGGAGCUCCAUGUGUAUCUGGACAGUGUCUGUAAUGAUAGUGGAGCUCCCUGGGUAGCUGGGCAGUGUCUGUAAUGAUAGUGGAACUCCCUGGGUAUCUGGACAGUGUCUGUAAUGAUAGUGGAGCUCCCUGGGUAUCUGGGAAGUGUCUUUUAUGAUAGUGGAGCCCCCUGGGUAUCUGGGCAGUGUCUGUAAUGAUAGUGGAGCCCCCUGGGUAUCUGGGAAGUGUCUUUUAUGAUAGUGGAGCUCCCUGGUUAUCUGGGCAGUGUCUGUAAUGAUAGUGGAGCUCCAUGGGUAUCUGGACAGUGUCUGUAAUGAUAGUGGAGCUCCAUGUGUAUCUGGGCAGUGUCUGUAAUGAUAGUGGAGCUUCAUGGGCAUCUGGUCAGUGUUUAAUGAUAGUUGAGCCCCUGGGUAUCUGGGCAGUGUCUGUAAUAAUGAUAGUGGAGCUACCUGGGUAUCUGGGCAGUGUCUGUAAUGAUAGUGGAGCUCCGUGGGCAUCUGGGCAGUGUCUGUAAUGAUAGUGGAGCUCCAUGUGUAUCUGGACAGUGUCUGUAAUGAUAGUGGAGCUCCCUGGGUAUCUGGGAAGUGUCUUUUAUGAUAGUGGAGCCCCCUGGGUAUCUGGGCAGUUUCUGUAAUGAUAGUGGAGCCCCCUGGGUAUCUGGGAAGUGUCUUUUAUGAUAGUGGAGCUCCCUGGUUAUCUGGGCAGUGUCUGUAAUGAUAGUGGAGCUCCAUGGGUAUCUGGACAGUGUCUGUAAUGAUAGUGGAGCUCCAUGUGUAUCUGGGCAGUGUCUGUAAUGAUAGUGGAGCUUCAUGGGCAUCUGGUCAGUGUUUAAUGAUAGUUGAGCCCCUGGGUAUCUGGGCAGUGUCUGUAAUAAUGAUAGUGGAGCUACCUGGGUAUCUGGGCAGUGUCUGUAAUGAUAGUGGAGCUCCGUGGGCAUCUGGGCAGUGUCUGUAAUGAUAGUGGAGCUCCGUGGGCAUCUGGGCAGUGUCUUUAGUGAUAGUAGAGCACCAUGGGAACCUUGGCAGUGUACCAUAUUGAUUGAUAGUGGGAAAUACAUAACUCACUUAAAUUAUUUAGAUUUGAGUGGGGCAUUUGAGAGUUUCCUGUAAUUUUAGGAUAGGAUAGUGAAUCUUAUUGAAAACGUUAUAAUAUUAACUUGCAUACUUUUAGAAUGAACAAGCCAUUUUCUCCAUAGAAAUAGAUUUAAAAUUUUUUUUAUUCCAAAUUUUCUUUCUAGCUGGGAGGUAUUGUUACCCCUAAUGAUGGCAAAUGUCAUCUUAAAGACAAUGAAUAUACAGAGAGUAAAAAUUUGGUAAGUGGCCUAGCUAAUAUUUUACAUAGAAUUUUUGAAUUUCUCCUUUGGGAUAAAAGGAUAUAUGCAUACAGGAUGCAAUCCUAUAUGUUAGUUGUCAUUUUUUUCAUAUGAAAGAUAUUUAAUUAACUAUUGAAGCUGUAUGUAUUCUUUCAACUUCAAUCUCAGAAGGUAAAAUAAAGUUGAACAAAGGGCUGAGAACAAACAAGUUACCAUAGGAAAUAUUUAAUUUUAAUUAAAACAAACAAAAUAGUACAUCUUCUUAAAAUUUAUAAAUUGUGAUAUUUUAUAUCGUGAAUGUUUGUCAAUUGUGAAUGUUUGUCAAUUGUGAAUGUUUGUCAAUUGUGAAUGUUUGUCAAUUGUGAAUGUUUGUCAAUUGUGAAUGUUUGUCAAUUGUGAAUGUUUGUCAAUUGUGAAUGUUGGUCAAUUGAACAUUCAUGUAUCGAGAAUCAGCCGUACAAUAAACUCAACUGUUAAUGUAAGCUACAAGAAUGUAUUUUUUACUUCUGCCAUUACUAAUGCUUUCAUUUCUGUGGUAGGAUUAUCCUUCAGUCAGUCAGAUCGCCAACAAAAUCAAAGAGAAGUCUGUCAGUGUCAUUUUUGCAGUGACCAAAGAUCAGUUUUCUAUUUAUGAGAAACUGAGUCAGUACAUUGAAAGUUCAACCACCGGUGAAUUAGCCAACGACUCAUCAAAUAUUGUUAAGCUUAUUCAAGACAACUAUGAGGUAAUGUUCCAAUAUGUUGUGUGACCAACUGAACAACUUUGUGUGAUCUGAUUACUAAGUACAACUGAACAACUUUGUGUGAUAAGAUUACUAAGUAUAACUGAACAACUUUGUGUGAUAAGAUUACUAAGUACAACUGAACAACUUUGUGUGAUCUGAUGACUAAGUAUAACUGAACAACUUUUUGUGAUAAGAUUACUAAGUACAACUGAACAACUUUGUGUGAUCUGAUGACUAAGUAUAACUGAACAACUUUGUGUGAUAAGAUUACUAAGUACAACUGAACAACUUUGUGUGAUAAGAUUAUUAAGUACAACUGAACAACUUUAUGUGAUCUGAUGACUAAGUAUAACUGAACAACUUUGUGUGAUAAGAUGACUAAGUACAACUGAACAAGUUUGUGGGAUCUGAUGACUAAGUACAACUGAACAACUUUGUGUGAUAAGAUUACUAAGUACAACUGAACAACUUUGUGUGAUAAGAUUACUAAGUACAACUGAACAAACUUUGUGUGAUAAGAUUACAAAGUAUAACUGAACAACUUUUUGUGAUAAGAUUACUAAGUACAACUGAACAAGUUUGUGUGAUCUGAUGACUAGGUAUAACUGAACAACUUUCUGUGAUAAGAUUAUUAAUUACAACUGAACAACUUUAUGUGAUCUGAUGACUAAGUAUAACUGAACAACUUUGUGUGAUAAGAUUACUAAGUACAACUGAACAACUUUGUGUGAUCUGAUGACUAAGUACAACUGAACAACUUUGUGUGCUAAGAUUACUAAGUACAACUGAACAACUUUGUGUGAUAAGAUUACUAAGUACAACUGAACAACUUUGUGUGAUAAGAUUACAAAGUAUAACUGAACAACUUUUUGUGAUAAGAUUACUAAGUACAACUGAACAAUUUGUGUGAUAAGAUUAUUAAGUACAACUGAACAACUUUAUGUGAUCUGAUGACUAAGUAUAACUGAACAACUUUGUGUGAUAAGAUGACUAAGUACAACUGAACAAGUUUGUGGGAUCUGAUUACUAAGUACAACUGAACAACUUUGUGUGAUAAGAUUAUUAAGUACAACUGAACAACUUUAUGUGAUCUGAUGACUAAGUAUAACUGAACAACUUUGUGUGAUUACUAAUUAAAUACAACUAACUGAUUACAAAGCAAUUUUGAUAUCAAUUCCUUUAACUGUAUGAAUGUAACUCAGACUAAAAUUUUGGAAUUAAAACAACUCCAUGUCUCUUCUUUCAUGUUAAAAUAACAUAAAAAUGGAAUUUUUUAAUACCUUAGUUUUAGAGAGUUCAAAUACGUUUCUGCAUCAGUGUUACAGUUCAAAUAAGUUUCUGUAUCCUGUUACAGUUCAAAUAAGUUUCUGUAUCCUGUUACAGUUCAAAUAAGUUUCUGUAUCAGUGUUACAGUUCAAAUAAGUUCCUGUAUCAGUGUUAGAGUUCAAAAAAGUUUCUGUAUCAGUGUUACAGUUCAAAUAAGUUUCUAUAUCAGUGUUACGGUUCAAAUAAGUUUCUGUAUCAGUGUUACAGUUCAAAUAAGUUUCUGUAUCAGUGUUACAAUUCAAAUAAGUUUCUGUAUCAGUGUUAGAGUUCAAAAAAGUUUCUGUAUCAGUGUUACAGUUCAAAUAAGUUUCUGUAUCAGUGUUACGGUUCAAAUAAGUUUCUGUAUCAGUGUUACAGUUCAAAUAAGUUUCUGUAUCAGUGUUACAAUUCAAAUAAGUUUCUGUAUCAGUGUUACAGUUCAGAUUAGAGAGUUCAAAUAAGUUGCUGUAGGCAGACAAAAUAUUUAAAAUGUUUAAUAUUUUUUUAAACAGAAAAUCACUUCAAAAGUAACUCUGAGGUCACAGAAUGUUGUUGACAAUGUCACUGUUGAAUUCUAUUCUCGUUGUUUUGGGUGAGUACCUUCAUGAAGUCCUGCUGCACUCUUAAGUCCUGCACUAUUUCUUUUCCUGGAGAAUAGAAUCAUUUCACAAUCCCUUCGUUAUGACUUAUUUUAAUAUCAUUUUAAAUGUAGAGUUUCAAAUGUGUAAAUAGCUUAUAAAUAAAUAAAGAAGUUAUGUUGGAACAGUCGCCAUGAAUGGAAUCAUUUGAAUCAGAUUGAUAUUAAUUGUAAUCUCUUAUUACUGAUAAAUUUUAUUCGUUUGUUUAUUUUUCCUUCUAAUGACUUAGUGGUGAAGAGAAAAAGACCAAUGAAUGUGGAAACCUGAAAAUAGGACAGUCGGUAAGUUAAUCAGCUGUUUAAAAUAGGACAGUCGGUAAGUUAAUCAGCUGUUUUAAAUAGGACAGUCAGUAAUUUAAUCAGCUGUUCAAAAUAGGACAGUCGGUAAGUUAAUCAGCUGUUUUAAAUAGGAUAGUCAGUAAUUUAAUCAGCUGUUCAAAAUAGGACAGUCAGUAAUUUAAUCAGCUGUUCAAAAUAGGACAGUCAGUAAUUUAAUCAGCUGUUCAAAAUAGGACAGUCGGUAAGUUAAUCAGCUGUUUUAAAUAGGACAGUCAGUAAUUUAAUCAGCUGUUAAAAAUAGGACAGUCAGUAAUUUAAUCAGCUGUUCAAAAUAGGACAGUCGGUAAGUUAAUCAGCUGUUCAAAAUAGGACAGUCAGUAAUUUAAUCAGCUGUUCAAAAUAGGUUAUUCAUUAAGUCCUUCAGAUAUUUGUAAAAUCUUGGGUUUAUUUACCAAUCUUUUUCAAUUAUAUUUAUGUUUCUAUAAAUUGUUUAUAUUUUUUAAUGUUUAAGAUAGCUUAUCUUCCUUGAUGUGUUUGUGAUUAUCAUUUUAUGAAGUUAGUUACCCAUGGUUACACUGUUGUGCAUUAUCAGGUUAGUUUUGAUGCUGAAAUCACGGUAACAGCCUGCCCAAAAGACAAAAAAGAAUGGUUUAGAGAAUUGGCCAUCCGCCCUGUUGGUUAUCAAGAAAAAUUGGUCGUUGAGCUGAAUAUUAUCUGUGAAUGUGAAUGUGAGAAUGAGGAAAAUGAGGUCAGUAAAUUAUUGGAUGUGAUAUCAAAAUAGCUUAUAACCAAUUUAAAGAAAAAUUUAUACAAGUAUUAUACAUGUUUGUAUAAUACAAGGUAUCAUACAUGUUUGUGUAAUACAAGGUAUGGUACAUGCUUCGAUAAUACAAGGUAUUGUACAUGUUUGUAUAAUACACGGUAUCGUACUUACUUGUAUAAUAUAAAGUAUAUAUAUAAGGUAUCGUUUUACUCUCUUAGUCUCUGUUUUAAUUAUAUCACCUGUUGAAAAUAGUGGAAAUAUGUACAUAAAGAUUGAGUAAUCACUCCUACCAUCUACACAUAUUAAGUUAAUUUUUGUGCCCCCAGCACUGGUAAUACCACAUGUGCAGGACAGAUGUUGAGCUUGGUAACAAUAAGUUAAGUUAAUUAUUGUAUGAUUUUUAUAUUGCAGGACAGAUGUUAAGGUGGUAACAACAAGUUAAGUUAAUUAUUGUAUGAUUUUUAUAUUGCAGAACAGAUGUUAAGGUGGUAACAACAAGUUAAGUUAAUUAUUGUAUGAUUUUUAUAUUGCAGGACAGAUGUUAAGGUGGUAACAACAAGUUAAGUUAAUUAUUGUAUGAUUUUUAUAUUGCAGGACAGAUGUUAAGGUGGUAACAACAAGUUAAGUUAAUUAUUGUAUGAUUUUUAUAUUGCAGGACAGAUGUUAAGGUGGUAACAACAAGUUAAGUUAAUUAUUGUAUGAUUUUUAUAUUGCAGGACAGAUGUUAAGGUGGUAACAACAAGUUAAGUUAAUUAUUGUAUGAUUUUUAUAUUGCAGGACAGAUGUUAAGGUGGUAACAACAAGUUAAGUUAAUUAUUGUAUGAUUUUUAUAUUGCAGGACAGAUGUUAAGGUGGUAACAACAAGUUAAGUUAAUUAUUGUAUGAUUUUUAUAUUGCAGGACAGAUGUUAAGGUGGUAACAACAAGUUAAGUUAAUUAUUGUAUGAUUUAAUAUGUGCAGUACAGGUUGAGGUGGUAACAGCAUGUUAAUUUAAUUAUUGUGCAAUAUGAUAUGUGCAGGAGAAAGACAGUGACAAAUGUUCUGGUGGCAAUGGUACAUUUGAAUGUGGCAAGUGCUCGUGUAAGCCUGGGAGAUAUGGCAAGUUCUGUGAAUGCAAGGCUGAUGACUUGACAAGUAGAGAAUCCUUGAAGCAGUGCAUCGAGUAAGUUCAACAAUUCUUUGACAUUUUGAAGACAUGCUGUAGUUUUAAUGAUUUUUUUUGCUGGCAAAAAGCCCACAUCUUUUGUUCGGGUAGAUUUUAACCUCAGUCUUACAUAUUCACUGAUUUUUAUUUUUACUGUGGAUUACUUCCCCUCUAAGAAUGGCUGCUUUGGUGGGCUGAUUAGUCCAUUCCAUACUGCUCAGUUGUUUUCUUCUCAAAUGAGAGAUUUGAGUUAGUCAUCUUCCUUCUUCUAUAGAGGUCAAGAGCUCCGUGCUCAGUACCGCUUCUGCAGAUUGUUUGUCUACUGAGUGCAGAUUGUCUAAUCUUCGCUGGAAACACUAGGCUGGUCACCAUUGGAGGAAUGACGACGACUAUGCUGGCUCUCCAUAAUGCACAAGAUAAAUAUUGGGCUGUUCUACUGCUCCAGCAUUAAACAGAAACUCGUCCCUCUCCCCCAUUGACAGCGAUGAGGCCAUGACAGGCUAUUCCGGCUCAUACGAGCGAAAAGCCAGUAUAGGAACUGCUCAUUCCUGCCAAAGACAAUCAGGGGCUGGAACAAGCUUUCAAAAGGAGCAGCUGAGUUUGCACAUUUGCGCCUAUUGCCUCAGGCCUUCCAACCCCCCUGUGCAUGAUACAAAGUGGCCCUUGCAACCAGUGAGAUAUCCUCAUUAACACCAGGCGCAGAAACAUUGCAAAUCCCCUCUAUAUGCAUAGGAGCCAAAAUGAUCAAUAAAUUUAUCGUGGGGCCCUUAAUAAAUAGAAGAAUAAGAUUAGAAACCAAUUUGUCAUAGUUAAAUGCAUGAACUUCCAAUAAAUUGAUGAUCUGAUCUUUUUGAACAGGCCACUUUAAUCAAUAACACUUUUAUUUUUCAUUCUGAACAAAAAUGUUUUAGAAGAAAUUUUAAGUUUAAUUGAGCACUCUUGUUUUCAGACCCAAUGCUACAAUCCCAUGCUCUGGCCGAGGUAGCUGUGUGUGUGGAGAGUGCAUAUGUAACACACGAUCCUCAGAUUCAGCUCAGACCUUUAGUGGAGAAUUUUGUCAAUGUGAUGAUUAUUCAUGUAAUCAUUUUAAUGAGCUGACCUGUGGAGGUAAGGUCAAGGACACAUUAUUGUGUUAUCAUUUUUUAGAUUCCAUUUCUUUAAGUUUUAUGUUAAAAGUCAAUUGGGUAACAGCUGAUAUUGUUGAGUUUACUCCAAGUCAAUUUGGUAUUGGCAGAUAUCACUGUGUUUACUCCAAAUCAAUUUGGUAAUGGCAGAUAUCGCUGUGUUUACUCCAAAUCAAUUUGGUAAGGGCUGAUAUAAUAUCACUGUGCUUCAAAAAAACCCAGCUUUGAGUUAAUAACUCUGCUGACUUGUUCAUGCUUCUGAUGUUUUUUCUCAGGUCCAGAAAGAGGAGUAUGUGACUGUGGCAAAUGUAAUUGUAAACCCGGAUACAAUGGGACAUCUUGUGAAUGUGACCUCAGUUUUGAUAAAUGCAUGACUCCUGAUGGAGUAAGUUCACUGAAAAUUUCCUUAUUAUUUUUUACUCAUUAAGUCUGAUUUUGAUUUUUUUGUAUGCAUAGCAGAUAUCCGUAACUUAACCGCUAGGACACCAGAUAUCUGUAACUCAACAGUUAGGACUACGUGUAUAUAAUGGAAUAAACAACCAAUUUUUAAUAACGCGUCAAUUAGAUGGCCAUCUAAUGACAUUGAUGGUUGAGUUUAGAGUGUUUACCAGUGCUUGGCUGAUUCAUAUCUGGCCAUAUCAGGGGAUAACACAGUUGGACCCACUGCCUCAAGUUGUCUGAGUUUAUGUCUGGCCAUAGCAGGGGACAACAAGCUUGGGUCCUCUGCCUGAUAGUUGACUGAGUUCAUAUCUGGUCAUUGGUUUGGAGAUGGGGGCGGGGACAACAACAUACUACCUCAUUGUUGGCUGAGUUCAUAUCUGGCCAUUAGGAAAGGGGGGGGGGGUGAACAACAACUAACUACCUCAUAGUUGACUGACAGUGUACCUUUGUGCACAUAUAUGCUCUGAUAAUUAUUACUCAUUUGUUCUUUUCUGUACUUAAUAAUAGUUAAAGGAUGUAUACGAAAUUUGGCAAAAAAUAUUUGGGAUAUUCUCUCUCUUAAUAUUUAACUCUUUCGAUGCAGAACAACGCACAGUGCGUUCUUCCGCCGUUCUCAAAAGCACAGACCAACGCGCUGUGCGUGGUUUCAAUAUCAUGUUUGUUUCUUUGCUAUUUCUCAGUUAAACUUUUUAAGAGCUAUUUUUAAAUAAGACUUUUACAUAGAAGAGUGGUACUUCAUUGUUUACAAGCGAAACCAAGGUUUAUUUGUUGUCAUUUGAAGCAUUAUUUUGACGAUUUUUUGACACGUUUUUUUUUUUCUACUGUUGCUAUGGCUACCCUAGGCCCUAGUAGGUAAAUUUCCUAGACGAUUAACAGUUAAAAAAGCUUUGGAAUUGUUUAAUACUAUUUCUUUUGAUAGUGAAGAUGAUUUAUAUUUAGAUGCAUCGCAUGAUUCCCAUAAUAGUAGUUUUAGAGGAAAUGAGUUAUGGAAGUGAAGAUGAGGUAUGUGUACAUCAUAGGGUUUGGGGAAAAAUGGUUCAGCAUAAACUUUUUUCAUAUUUUAUGGUUCUUUUCUGUAACUUAUUUUAUUUAAAGUAAAGAAAUAAGUGUACAAACAUAUAGUCCUUUCAAUUACCUUUCAUUUGAUACCAAGUUUAGUCUUAUAAACUAAAGAAUAAUAUUUUUAAUAUUUUUUAAUAAACCCAACCUCUCAAUCUUUUUCCGCUCUUUGAAAAAAAUGUACAUAAGAUAAGAUAAGAUUCUUUUAUUGAUCCAAAUAAAUGGAAAUGUUUUUUGAUUGCAUUAUACAUUUUCAGCACAAAAAUAAAACAAUUUGAACACAAGACAUUCAUAACAAAUUAUUUCCAACAGCCAUUCAGUUAGUUCUCUUAGCAAAAUCGGGAACUUAUUAGUUCUCAUUCAGAUGUGUGACUUCAGGGGAAGCACGCCGGUAAAUUCGUGCAGAUUGGGGAACAAAAGAAUAAAAAAAAUUCCGCAGUGAAAGAGUUAAUAUAGUAGAAAACAUAACUAAAAAUUGGUGAUAUUAUCUUUCUGAAUACUUAUUAUAGUUGAGAAACAUAAUUAAAUAUUUAGGACCUUAUCUCUUAAAAAUCUACAAUUUUAAGUUAGUAUUAUAUUUACUAGUGUUUUGCCAAAAUAUUUUAACUAAAGGUGUAAUUUCCUCUUCCAGCAAGUGUGUAACAAUCAUGGAACUUGCACGUGUGGCAAAUGUAUUUGUGAGAGUCAGUACACAGGAUUCAAGUGUGAGCAAUGUCCUGUAAGUCUGUUUAUCACUUUUAAUAAUCAAUAAUUUCCUGGGGAAAAUCUCUUACAGCAGCUAACAUACUUAUAGGUUGAACAUACUAUCGACGUCAUUUUAAAUUUCAGAUUUAAAAAAAAUUAUAAUUUUCAAUUCAGUCAAGGCAUAAAUUUAAAACCCAAUUCACUGUUAGAAAAGGUAUAGAAAGGUAUAGUCUUAUCAUCUCUAUUACAGAAUAAAUAUAACUUUAUUUAGUGCAUGCCUGUCAUCCAUUAAGUUACAUCUUUGUUUCUAUAUAUGCUGGUCUGUCAUCCAUUUGGUUACAGCUUUGUUUCUAUUAAUGCAGGCCUGUCAUCCAUUUGGUUACAGCUUUUUUUCUUUCAAUGCAGGCCUGCCCAGACAAGUGUCCUGAGUAUUCUAAAUGUGUCCAGUGUCGAGCAUUUAAAUCAGGAGAGAUGACUGAGGCAGAAUGCUACAGUAAUUGUCCCCAUGACAUCACGAUGCAUGACAAAAUCAGAGGUAAAGUGUUUAAAACAAAUCUAGCAAGUUGGUACACAUUUACCAUUUUAAAAGUAAAAAUGAAAUAUCGGCAUCCUUCCGUCUCGUGAGACGAUGGUGCAUCACCGUUGGGUUGGGUUGCAUUUUCUCGAGUGGCUGUGCAGUCCUAUCCUUGAGUGACAGUCUUUACCACAGUUUUUACACACGAGUUCCGUGCUUCUAAAUGUUUUGGCCUUUCUCCUAGCUCUUCUGUCUGCAGCCUCUUCCAUUCUUCGCUCCUCGGCUACCAUGACGCCCUCUUUGACAACUGUGCGCCACGUAGAUCGGUCUUUUGCCUUACACUCCCAGUCACUUGUAUGUAUUUUGGCUGCUUUCAUGUCCCUUUGACAGACAUCUUUAAAUCGCAGACGUGGGCGACCUGUUUUCCUCUUUCCAGAAGCAAGUUCACCAUAUAGGAGGUCUUUCGGAAUGCGGCCGGGACUCAUUCUUUUAACAUGACCUAGCCAUCUCAGGCGUCUUUCACUAAGGAUUGUGAACAUGCUUUGGGUAUUCGCACGCAUUAGGACCUCACUAUUAGUCACUUUUUCUUGCCAUUUAAUACCAAGGAUGCGACGCAGGCAUCUCAUAUGGAAGCUAUUAAGCUUGCGCUCUUGGGAUGUAUAGGUGGUCCAUGUCUCGCUCCCGUAUAGUAGUGUACUGAUGACACAAGCUCGAUAGACGCACAGUUUGGUUUUCUCCGUUAGCUUGGUGUUUUGCCAGACCCGUUUAUUUAGUUUAGCCAUUGUGGCAGCUGCCUUGCCGAUUCUGCUGUUAAUUUCUUCUUCAAUGGACAGUGUAUUGGAGACCUUGGACCCCAAGUAGGUGAAGCUGUCCACAACCUCCAAGUUUUCAUUAUCGAUUUUUAUGUUAGGUGGAGGUCGAGUGUCUUGGGCCAUGAUGUUUGUCUUUUUCAAGCUGAUUUGCAGACCAAAUUCUUUGCAGGCAUUGGAGAAGCUUGACACGAGUUGAUGCAACCCAAUUUCUGUGUGUGCUGUUAGUGCCGCAUCAUCCGCAAAUAGUAGCUCUCGAAUUAGGACAUCUGUCGUUUUGGUCUUGGCUCGGAGGCGGGCAGUGUUGAAAAGUCCUCCAUCAGCUCUGGUGUGUAACCAGAUUCCCUCACUUAUAUCCUUGAAUGCGUAUCGAAGUAGUACAGAGAAGAAUAUUGCGAACAGUGUUGGUGCGAGUACACAACCUUGUUUAACUCCGCUGCUGACUGGAAAGGCUUCUGACUUGGCUCCAUCGAACUGCACUGUACCCUGCAUAUUUUCAUGGAACUCUCUGAUGAUGGCAAGUAGGUGAGGGGGACAGCCGAUUUUUUCCAGUAUUUUGAAUAGCCCGUUGCGACUGACGUAAUCAAAGGCUUUUGUAAGGCCCACAAAGGCAAUGUACAGUGGCAUCUGCUGCUCUCUGCAUUUUUCCUGGAGCUGUCGUAUGGAGAACACCAUGUCUAUGGUAGACCGCCCAGACCGGAAACCGCACUGAGAUUCUGGAAUAUAUAACUAAAAAGUGUAUGCUUUUCAAGGUAUGAAAUCAUGGUGAGUUCAAUAGCGCCCCAAAUAAAGUUCCAGAAUAUGGUUCUGGUUCUGGUUGCUGCAUCCAUAUACUGGCAUCUGUGCAACGGUUAGGGGAAUGGUGUUGCUAGUCUAACAGCUCCAAGCAGAUGCCAGGGCAGCCUUGAAGCUUUCGACCGAUGUCGAGUUCACAGCAGCAUUGUCCAGGUGGUUCCAAGCUAUUAUUGUGCGUGGAAAGAAAAAUUGUUUAUACUGCACUGUGUUGCACCGAGGCACAGUGACGCAUUUGCUAUUGUUUCUGGUGUAAUUGUUUAUGGGGUUGUCAGUGGUGAAGUCAGUGUUCAGUGAACGUUUGGCUCUGAUCAAUCGACCCGGCUUCUGUGGGGUGAGGUACGUGCCAUCCCAAGAUGGCAGGCACCAGUCCCGUGACCUCUUUAUAUAAGAAUAUCAGGCAGGGUCCCUCCUGUCUGUAUUUAACUGCGCUAAAGUAGAUUCUUAAACAUACUGCAAAAAACUCACCAUGUUCACAAAACGCUCAUUACAAGUUACACAAAGAGAAAUUUAUAAUCCAAAGUGUAAACAUUUUUUUUUUCUCAACUAUAUUCUUAUGUUCCUCACAUAUAAUAAAAGAUCACAUAAAAAAAAGAAAAAUAUGAAAAACCAGAGCACAUUAUCCAUUGUCACCGCCACGCAAAAAAUGUCAGAAAAAAACUAUUUCCACUGGAAACAAUCUGUUGCUAUUAGAAAAUAUUUGCACUGUAUCCUUGUAUGUACUAACAUUUAUUAUGGUAAAUGGAAAAUUAACCAUAAAUUUGUCCUACAUUUUCAUCUGGGUUUAGCUAUUGUUAACCUGUAAACAACCCAUAUGGAUGAGUGGAUUUAACUCACAUCCAGCACAAACGUGCACCGUUACAGUUGGCCCUGUUCUAUAGUGUUUGCACAUUGUCCUUUUUGGAGCUAAGAGGCUCAUCUUUUGCUCUGAUAAGUCUUGUUGGAGUGUUGAUGUUAAUUCUGUAGGAAGCAUAGUCAUUUAUUGAGAGUACAAGCUUGUGAACAAUACAUUUUGUCUAGCAAAGUAAAAAAAAAAAAAAGUCAAGGUGAUUUGACUUACUAGUCACAACACAAGCUCCAAAUUUACACCUACAUUUUUCAAAGGUAAAAAUAUGAAAUUGCACUCAGUUUUAGUGCUAAAAUCAGCAGCUUUCCUUUUAGAAUCUAUAUUAUUUAUAGUUGGAACAGUAUUAGAUAAAGCACUAAUUGAUGGUGGGGCUGGUUGUUCAUCAGAGUAAUAUUUUCAAUCUUUAUUAGAUCGAUCACCAGAUAGGUUAGGUCAAGAUUUCAUGUUUGUAAACAAAAUUAAAAUGGAAAAUCAAAACAACCGAUUCAAACACUUCGUUCUAUGUAAAACCUUGUUGAAAUAAAGAAAAACUGGAUGUUUUUCAAAGGGAAAUCUUUCUAGAUUUUAUUAAAAGUAAUUAAAAACCAAUAGCUAAGAAAAAACCGAAAUAAACAGGUUUUUAUACAUAGACUAUCCCAUCGUCGAUCCAUCCGAAACCUAACUUAAAAUUGACGAUUGGAGCGUUGAUUCUGAGAAAAAUAAUUAAAUAUCAUUUAAUAAAUCUGUGGUUUAAAAAUAGAGUGGGACAUUAGAAUAUUAAUAAUAUGGUUAAGGGGCAUGAAAAAAAAUUGUAAGGUGGUGUACCUGGGGGGGGGGGGGGGGGGUGGUUAAGGUCUUAUUUUUAGGAUUCUUAUUAAGUGUAUUAAUUGAAUGCAUGUUCUGACAAGUAACUUUAGGAGAUGGGAAGUUUCGCAUAGCCAUCACCAUUGUUUGGCGGGCUAUAGCUAGUAUAUAAUUAUAUUGGUUUAAAUCUGAUUCUUUUGUUAUAUGUGAAGAAAUCUCUUAUAGGAUGUAAACAGAAGAGCCAGGGUGGUUAUGAGAUAUGGCUUAAAUAUACAUCUUAUAGACAGGCAUAAGGGAACAAGCUAAUUCUUUAUUUAGGACUGUCAUGUACUGAGUAAAGCUUACAACAUGUAGGCACUAAAGGUGUAAAAAAGAAAAACAACAGCAGCAAUACAUCAAGUGAAUUGCACAUUAAAUUAUUUUAAAAUUCCAUCUGGCUAAAAAUGGAAUCUUCUUUAUUGUUUUUGGAUAUAUUGAAUGAUUUUUUGAGCAUGUAAGAGCAAAGAAGUCAAGAACUGCAUUGUUUUGUUUUCAAGAGGGACCUGGUGUUCAAAUCUGUCAGUUCAAAGAUACUGAUGACUGUUGGGCCUAUUAUACCUAUGAGUAUGAUCGCAAUGGACAGGUGGUCAUUAAAGUCCAGAUAACUAAAGGUAAUUAAACUUAAAGACCAGAUAAAUAAAUAUAAUUAUAGACCUGAAAACUAAAUGUAAACAUAGACCAGAUAAUGGUCAUUAUAGACCAGAUAACUAAAGGUAAUUAUAGACCAGAUGACUUAAAGGUAAUCAAAAUAGUUUACUGUAUACUAAUUAUUAUGGACAGUCCAACAUGUUUCAUGUAUAUUCUAUUGUUACAGAACCUUUUCAAAUGACACAUGAGCUUUAAACUGUUAAUUUGUUCAAACUUCUUGGCAUCUAAAUCAUGUGAUUAUUGAGAUGAACAUCUUCAGUCUUCUAUUACCACCCUUAAAGGGAUAAUAAAAUAUUUGUGAACUAAUGUCAAACCAUUCACACAGCUAUGCAUUAUAUUUGAUGGAAUCGCCAACCAUUUAUAAGUUUAACAGCAUCUGUAAGUUUAACCGUGUUUGUAAGUUAUGAUCUAUUUUCAUCUUCAGUUUGUCCCGAGUCGGUGAACGUGCUGGCCAUCGUCGGUGGCGUCGUUGGGGGUAUUGUAGCGGUGGGACUCUUCCUGUUACUUAUCUGGAAGCUGUUGACCUUCAUUCACGAUACUCGAGAGUUCGCUAAAUUUGAGAAGGAGAGGCAGAAUGCCAAGUGGGACACUGUGAGUUAUUUUAUACUGAAGCUUGAAAUCUAUAUGUGUCAAGCUUGAGAAACUUUCAUUUAAGAGUAUGUUCUUCCUACAUUUCUCAUGCAUUGCUUCUCUUAAAAUCUGUUGACGGUCUGUUAACCAUACACUCUUAAGAUCAACAUUUGCAGGACGGAGCGUGUACAGCAAAAUAAAAAAUUCCAAUUUUGAUUGGAGGGUGUUAAUAUUUGACACAACAUUUUCGUAAAUGGAUGAAUACGUUCGAUGCAUUCUACUUUUAAAUUAGUAAUUGCUGAAAUUUUGAACUAGAAAAUAAAAAAAAAAGUGCAUUGAAUGGGAGUUGUGAAAACUUUGGGUUAAGUGGAUUUAUGUGGAAAAUGUUUCAUCUGUGUAAAAAAAAAGAUGUUCAAGUGUAUUUGUAAAAUUGUGUUUUUUGAUUUCAUUUUGAAGACAUGUUUAAUGUGAUCCCACAGGGAGAGAAUCCAAUUUACAAGCAAGCUACAUCAACAUUUAAGAAUCCCACGUAUGGAGGCCAGUGAUCUGAGAGUGUUUAUCAAGUGCAUGGUAGAGAAUGUGUUGGUUUGAAGUUAGUUUUGGAUGUGACCGAGUUGUUUAGGGUCAUGUGUUAACUUAUGCAAAGGAUUUCAUGUUUUUUUUUUACUAGGGUUCUUGUAUUGUCAGAUAAGAAAGUAUGUGUAUCUUUAGAGAAAAAUCAACCAAUCCUGAGCAAGCAAUACUUGUGUAAGUUCUGACUUAAAUGGAGAUAACUUUAACUGAGAUAUGUAUGCAGCAGUGUUGACAAGCUGUGCAUAGAAUAGAAAUACUCAUUCAACAUCACUUAUAUUAGAUAACUUGAAUGCACAAUAACUGGCUCCCUUAAUUAACAAUGUACAAUUAUUCCCAAGCUUAGAAUUAAACAAAGACAGUUUUCUGUUACACCAUUGUUGAGAUACGAUCCCUGUUAAUUUUAUUAGAUGUUUUGAAGACAGGCUGCUAAGUUUUACUGUUGUAACUAACGAGUUGUUUUUGUAAAGUUUUUAAGGGAUCAUUUUUUGUAUUGUGCAAUUAUUUAAAUGCAAGGUGCUAAUUUAAUUUUUUAAUGUGGUUUGGUAAUGAUGUGGAACUGCUAUUUAAUGCAUUAUUUGACCGUCUUCCAAAAAUAUUAUGUUUCUUUGGAUAGUUACAUAGCCUUAAGUUUUCCAAGUGCUAGAUACUCUAGAGAUGAAUGCCAAAAGUUGGACUGCCAUAACUCUCUUAAACCUUGAUUUAUAUAACGCAGUCCUCCCCAUAUUAAAUUGAUUUCUAUCUAGGUUUUCUUGAUUUGGGCAACUUUCAAGCCGCACUUAGGAUAUGAGUGAGAUAAAAUGAAAAUGAUCCAUGCUGUAAUUUAUUUCCUAUGUGCCUGAUGUUGGUUUUAGAACAUUAAGAUUUAAUUUGUUGUCUAUUUACCAAAAAUAUCAGGGUAUUUAAGUCAAAUGUUUCUUGUUUUUUUUUUUAAUCUCUUUUUAUUUCCUUACUUAUUAAAAACAUUUUCUUAAGUUUAAACAAUUUUUUUUAAUACCAUAAAUUAUGUCUGGUGAGUGGAAAGGUCCCCUCCAACAACCCCGUAAGUUAUGGUCUAUUAUUUCACACAUAAACCAUUGAGUUAAGACCAUUUUCCGCCCUGGUAUUUUAUAAUUAUGUCAAUUUAUCCAUAAGUUAUUUUAUUUCCAAAAUUUUAAAAUUCUUAAAUAAAUCGUACAUUUAUUAUGUAAUCAAUAUUAAUCCUGAUCGUUUUUAUUAAUAUGAAGUGGGCUUGGUGCUCCGAAGGUGGUACUGUUGGAGAAUUAGAAUGUCAAGGUCCUUAAGCAGGAUGUACAAUUUGUAAAUACUUUAAGAAAAUUAGCCUGGCCUUUUCUCCAUGACAAUAAUUAUUUUGUCUAGAUUUGAAAAUAAUUUCAUCAUUAUUAUUAUUAAUAAAUUAAAACCAAUUUAAAAAAAUAUAUUUGGACUAUUUUGUUGGACCGUCCAUCAGAUGAACAAAGAACCUCUUUGAGUUUUAUUAGGUUACUUUUUUUUAAACAAGUUUUUACCACAAUCGUGGUACUGCUAAUCGAUUUUUUGGUGUGGAUCUGAAGUCUUUUAGACUAUUUAAGGAUCUUUCUGCAUUUAUACUUUUAACAAAGAUCAAAAUCUCAUCAGAUAAUUAAUUUUGUUUAUUUUUGUACCAUAAUAAUAGCAGCACACAAGAUUUAUGUGCCUUUAAGCAAUAUACCAGUCAACAAGACAUUAUUAUAACUAUUCUAUAUAAUUAUUUGUGUUACAAUAAGGGCAGUUUCCAAACACUUGGGCCUACUGUUGCUCUUCAAGUAGUCAAAUAUGGGACAUAGAGCUAAUGUGAUUCGCCUGUGCUUUUAAUUUUAAAUGGAAUUCGCCAUUUUUUAAAUGCUACUUGUUAACGAAAUGCCACGUCAGUGCCGACCCUCGGUGCAAAAUUUUUGGUCAUAUCUUUUCCUAAAAUAUUUGUUUAACAACAAAACAAAAAUAGAAUAAAAAUUACUACUAAAAAAUAGAAUAAUAGAUACUCAUCAAAAAUAAAGAAGGACUUAAAUAAAAAGGAAUUGAGUGACUAAUAAAAAAAUUCAUUUAAGAAAUCCCGUUCUUUUUGAAUUCUAUACAAUAUUUAUUUAACAUCUUUUUCUUCUAGUUAUUGACUAAUGCUAUUUAAAAUGCAUAAUAACCUUUCAUGUUGUUGAAUUAUCAUAGCAAUAAUAGUCAAACAAUUUCACACGUUAAUGUUUUAUUGCAAACUAAUGAUAUUUUCAUCUUUUCAUAUUUUGUAUUGACAUUUGUUUUGACAUUCAAUGUUGGCUUUGUCUCGCUCACGUUGUUGAGAUAACUUAUUUGUGUCUUCUCUGAUUUUAGGUCAAGUUUUUUAAUCCAACAUUCACACUAACUCACUCUUCACAAUUAAAACAUGAGAUAUUUCUCAUCACUUUGGAUAUUAGCCAGUUGUCAUCAAAUAUAUUUAUUAGUGAUAUUGGAGAAAGGUGGGCAGAUGUCAUUGACUUAACAUGGUACCGUACAAAAAGUGAUGUAACAUUAGACUUAUCAUGGUACUUUUUAACUAAUAAACUUAACAUGGUACUAAAAGUGAUGUAACAUUAGACUUAUCAUGGUACUUUUUAACUAAUAAACUUACCAUGGUACUAAAAGUGAUGUAACAUUAGACUUAUCAUGGUACGUUUUAACUAAUAAACUUACCAUGGUACUAAAAGUGAUGUAACAUUAGACUUAUCAUGGUACUUUUUAACUAAUAAACUUACCAUGGUACUAAAAGUGAUGUACUGCCAAACUUACCAUGGUACAAAGAAACGAUAUACUGUUAGACUUAGCAUGGUACAAAAAAAUUAUGUAUUGUUAGACUUACCAUGAAACAAAAAGUGAUGUACACGUUACACUUAGCAUGAAACAAAAAGUGAUGUACACGUUAGGCUUAGCAUGAAACAAAAAGUGAUGUACACAUUAGACUUACCAUGCCAUGGUGCAAACAGUGACGUACUGUUAUGUCGCAGACUUUACAUUGUACAGAAUGUAUCCUCUAAUUUUUAAAAUCAUAAAUAAUUUGAAGGCAACUUGUGUGUUUUCUCAGUCUGCUUGUGGCAGUGAGAUUAAAAAAACCAACAAACUUGUUUCCUAGUCUCCAAAUGGGUUCAAGUUUAAAUGACCAGGAAGAAUUGCUAUAAAUGAGAUGUUAUGAAUUCAAUGAUGAAGAUACAUAACAAUUUAUUGCCAAAAUUAAAUGUUGUAAUGACAUGGGCCAGCUGUAUGACAAACAUGGACAGUUUAAUGGUGUAGUUAAAUGGGCCAGUUGUAUGACAAACAUGGACAGUUUAAUGGUGUAGUUAAAUGGGCCAGCUGUAUGACAAACAUGGACAGUUUAAUGGUGUAGUUAAAUGGGCCAGUUGUAUGACAAACAUGGACAGUUUAAUGGUGUAGUUAAAUGGGCCAGCUGUACAAACACAAACAUGUAAAAUUAGGUUUCCAGCAAUGUUAAAGUCUUGGGAAACUAAGAAACAUCUUUUAGAAAAAAGUUAAAUUAAAAUUUCAAAAGAAGAAUCUCAUUUUUAUAGAACUUGAAAAAUAAUCAUGGCCUGAUUUGAGAUACAUUUGAUCUUAGUAAUAUAAAUGUUACUUUAAUAUUUUAAGUUACCUUGGAAAUAGAAACGGUACUUUAUAUUGUAAGUUUACUGUAUCAAAUUAAAUUGUACUUUAUAUUUGCAAGCAAUUAAGUACAUGAAAUGUUUUUCAGGAAUCCAUUUUUUCAUACAAAUUCUGCAUGAUUAUAUUAUAUAUGUAUUUUGAGUUUGCUGUGCAAUAGACUGAUGUGGAUAUGUCUAGAGAUAGGAUAUGCACUUAAGUCAAUGACGUCUAUGGAUAGUCUAGAACUAUGGUAUAUGAUUUGUCAACUAUUUGGUUAUGUCUAGACCAGUGAUUCCUAACAUCCCCUCCACCUCCAUAGAAGAGCUUCAAAAUAAAGGUCUCUAUCCCACAUCUGAGAGAUUUGAAAUAAUGUCUGUUAAGGUCCAAAAAUUCAGUGUUAUAGGAUAAAAGUAAAACUAAUUUUAUGUGAAAUAGAUUUGUAUUGCAAUCAAUAACAGUAGUGCCCUGUCCAACAUUUCUUAUGUCUCCCACACAUUUCUCCUCCCUUGUUGGAUGAAACGUAAAUAAACUUCAUUCCCACCAUAAUCUUUAAACUGCCCCAUGUUGGGAAACGCUGGUCACUCUAUGGUAUACAACUGCUCUACUUGAUCACUCUAUGGCAGCGUUUCUCAAGCGGUGGUCUGACGGCCCGCGAGCUUUGCGUUGCCGGUCCAAGUCACAUGGAUAUUUGUGGUCAAAUAAAAAGAAAAUAUAAAUAAUGUAUGCGGCACCGGUCCCUGGUGCAAUAUCCAAAAGUGUCCGCUGGUCCAAACUUAAAAGUUUGGGAAACGCUGCUUUAUGGUAUAUUGUUAAACAACUCUACUAAUCCAGAGCUCAUGGUAAUUCCCUUCUUAAAUCAUUCAUUGAUGAAGCCUUAUAUGCAUGUUUACGUGUCAUGACGUAUUUAUAUACUGGCCUAUAAUUGAUAUUGAUCUAGUCUCAUUGUAGUCUAUGGAUGUUUCAGUUCUUUUAACUGAUAUUUGUUUGUGUAGUUCUUGUGUCAAUUCUUUUAUAAUCACAUUUUACAUCAAGUAUUCAUUCAAAAAAAUGCUUUUAACUUAUUAAACAUCUGUUUUCU